AUCACUUCAACACUACUAAAUCAAUCACUUCAAAAUAUAUGAUUUAAUAAUAAUUUAAGUAAAACCUGUUACAGUAGGUAACUGUAGUGUCGCUCACACUAGAGUUUACACUAAUUGUUAGUUGUUUUAAAUUUAUGUAAAAUAAAAACCUUAUCAUGUCACGUUUCGUAAAUAUAAAUAAUGUUAUACAACACUUAGUUAAUGGAACUUUUGAACAGCAAGUAUGUUUUGUGUGUUUGUUUUCGAUAGACGGAGCUUGUGAAGAUUUGUUUACAAUUAUUGGAGGAGCUGACCAAAAAUACUCAGUAGCAUAUCUACUAGAGAGAGUUGGCAAUGUGAAUCUAUCCCAUUGUGAGAACAAUAAAAUUUGUGAAAAAUGUUUUAAGCUGGCUGUUUUGUCAUUUAAAUUUAACACUAUGAUACAGAGAAGUCAAGAGAUACUACAUUUUUAUUUGGACAAACUACAAAAUUGUCUUCAAGAUAUUAAAUACAGUAGGGGUGGACCGUUGGGAAUUAAGUUAACAAAAUUCAAUGCCUCAACACAAUAUUUUGACUAUAUGCUUGAAGACCCUAAUUUUACUGACAUCUUGCAAGAACAACCACAAGAUGUUGAAGACAGAAAUAAUUACUGCGUAAAUGAAAAGGGUGAAGAUGAGAUUGUACUUGUAAUGAAUGAUAAUGCUGUCCCUUCAUUUUUCAAAUCACAGAACGGUCAACUUAAAUCGUUAAAUAGGACAGAGAUAAAUGGAUUUUCAGGUACAGACUGUGUUCGUAAAAAAAGGGCAAAACGGAAACCAAUGGUGUACAAGUCAUGUACACAAUGUUCUGUAAAAUAUAGGUUUUUAGGAAAACUUAAAUAUCACAUGAAAGUUAAGCAUGGCUUAAAUGCUGUUAUCUGUAAGAUUUGCAAAAUUAUUGUUGACAAUGAGGAGGAAUAUGAGAGCCAUUUGCAGACCCAUGGUGAAGUGUACUCCUGUGAUAAAUGUCACAUGGUUUUCAAGCGACGGGAUGCAAUGUUGAACCACCUGAAGUGGCACACUCAUGUUGAAGAACUUGCUAAUGCCGAUGGUACCUACAUAUGUGAAGUGUGUGGUAUAGUGGUAGAAAGUGAUGAGCAUUUACAGGAGCAUUACAAUAAGAAACACGUAAACAAGUUCACUUGCUUCUAUUGCGGCAGAAUGUAUAUGGCGGAGGCAAAUUUUGAGGCACAUAUCAAGAAACAUGAAGUGAUGGAUGAAAAGUUGUCAUUAUUAAAACAAAAGAAAGACGGUAGAAGAAAAAAGUUUGUUUGUACAAAGUGUGAUAAUAGUUUUGUUGAUGAAAGAACCCUGUUAUGGCACAGCCGACUGCACACCAAUGAAAGACCAUAUCCAUAUUUGUGGUCGAGCUUUCAUAUCGUUGAACCGGCGCAAUCAACACGCGUUGUGCGCACACACUGCGCCGACGCGACGCUGUCCCUUGUGUCCUGCUCUUUUUCACCUCAACUCUAUGUUGGCUAA